AUGCUCGCGGCGCUGGACCUGUCGGGCCUGUCGCUGGCCGUCGGCUGCGCCGUGGCCGACACGCUGGACCCGGGGGGCGAACGCAUCCGCCUGAAGUGGCCCAACGACCUCUUCCUGGACGGCGCCAAGCUCGGCGGCAUCCUCAUCGAGACCACACCGCUGCCGCGCGAGCAGCGCGGCGUCGUCAUCGGCAUCGGCCUGAACCUGCAACCGCUGCCGGCCGACGUCGACCGCAGCGCCUUCGUCAGCGGCCAUGCGGCCCUGCACAGCCUGGACCCCGCGGCCACGGCCCACGCCACGCUGGACCGCCUCGCCCCUGCGCUGCGCGCGCUGCUGGCCGACUUCGAGACGCUGGGCUUCGGCCCCUGGCAGCUCGCCUUCUCGCGCCGCGACCUCACCGCCGGCCGGCGCGUGCGCGUGGGCGAGCAGUCGGGCGUGGCACGCGCCGCCCGUCGAGCCGCCGGUGGACACCGCCGCCGUCACGUUGACGGUGGCCGUCUGCCGGUAGACGUUGCCGAGGUUGUCGGUCGCGUCGGCCCGCACGGUGAAGGUGCCGCCCGCCGUCGGCACGACGGUCGCGGUGGUGAGGUUGGACGACGCGAAGCUGCUGACGAUGCCGCCACCGGCCACGACCACCCAGUUCGUCGAGACGAUGGUGCGGCCGCUGGGCAGGCCGACAGGGCUGGCCGUCAGCGUCAGCGUCUGGCCGGACACGAGGCCGCGGGCGGGCGACUCGGUCAGCGUCACGGCGCCGCCGCUCAUCUCCAGCGCCUUCGCGACGGCGGCAUUGGCGUCCACCAUGCCGGCGCCGCAGGUGGUCUUGGUGCAAUAGCACUCGUCCUGCACGACCGUGCUCGGCGCGCGGCACUGCGGCGGGUUGCCGUCGGCGGCACUGCCGCCGCCCGUCGUCGGGAAGGCCCGCGCGGUGUCCUUGAGGAUCUGGAUCGCCUCGGCCGCCGUGAGGCUCGGCCGCACCGAGGCCAUCAGGCCGACGAUGCCGCUGACGAUGGGCGCCGAGAAGCUGGUGCCGACCGACGACCGGCUGCCCGUGUAGGCCUCGUCCGCGGCCACCGGCGUGGUGGUGCCGCUGUUGGUCGUGCUGAUCAUCGGGUACAGGCAGGGCUGGCCGCUGAGCGUGUUGAUGCAGUUGCCGCCCGGCGCGGCGAUGGUCACGUCCGGGCCCAGGCUGGAGAAGCCGACCUUGGUGCCGACAUGGCGCAGCGCGGCCACCGUGACGACCUGACCGGCCGUAUCGAGCUCAAGGGCGUCAAGAACGGCCAGAUCGAUGCCGUGCAGGCGCGGCUGACGCGGCUGUCGCUGCCGCGUUCCGAGGCCGAUUCGGUCAGCGAGCUGAUGGACCCCGCCAAGGCGGGUGCCACCAGCAGCCCGCUGCCGUCGCUGGACAUCGAGGUCGACGACUUCGAGCUGCGCGGCAAGCGCAUGGGCCGGCUGGAAGUGCUGGCGCAGGCGCCUGCCGCCGCACGCGACUGGAAGCUGGAGAAGCUGCAGAUCGCCUCGCCCGACGCGACGCUGAGCGCCAGCGGCCGCUGGGGUGGCGACACGGCUGCCCGGCGCCGCACGCAGCUGGACUGGAAGCUCGACAUCGCCGACGCCGGCAAGCUGCUGGAGCGCCUGGGCCAGGGCCAGAAGGACAGCCCGGUGCUGCGCGGCGGCAAGGGCGUGCUGGCCGGCCAGGUGGGCUGGGACGGCUCGCCGCUGGCGCCGCACUACCCGAGCAUGGCCGGCGCGCUGAACGUGCAGCUCGACUCCGGCACCUUCCUGAAGGCCGAGCCCGGCGUCGGGCGGCUGCUGGGAGACGGCGCCCUUCGGCCUGAAGAACGAGCGCCUGCGCGCCUGGGUCGAGCAGGCGAUGACGUCGGACAAGGUCUCCGCCGUCGGCGCCGCGCGGCUGUCGGCCGCCUCGCUGUACGAAGCCACGCGGCUGAUCCGCCACGUGCGCGCCCGCCUCGCCACGCUGACGGCGCCCGCCAUCGUGCUGCACGCCAGCGAAGACGACGUGGCCGGCCCGCGCAGCGUGCGCGAGCUGCAGUGCCGCCUGGGCAGCGAGCCCGAGGUGCACUGGUUCCACGACAGCUAUCACAUGCUGACGCUCGACAACGAGCGCAUCGCCGUCACGCGCACCCGCGAACUCGGCGCCGAAUCCCUGACCGAGAAGGUCGACAUGCCCUUCGUCGAACUCGGCCUGGACUCGCUCGGCCUGGUGGACUUCAUGUUCACGGUGGAAGACCAGUUCCACAUCGGCAUCGAGCACGACCGCGCGCUGCAGAACCCGACGCUGGCCGGCCUGGCCCGCCUGGUGGACGAACUGCUCGCCGCCAAGACGCCGGCGCUCGUGGCCGCCUGAUGACCCAGGUCUGGAUCACCGGGCUGGGCGCCGUCAGCGCACUGGGCGCCGGUGCAGACACGCUGGCAGACGCGCUGCUGGCCGGCCGCUCCGGCAUCACCGCGCAGCCGGGCAGCGAGGCGCAUGCGCUCAAGCCCUUCGCCGCGGCCGUCGUCACCGAGCCGCUGGGCGCGGACAUGCCGCCCGCGCAGCGCAACCUGUACGACCGGCACAGCCUGAUGGCGAUGCAGGCGGCCGCCGAGGCCUGGGCGCAAGCCGGGCUGCCAGCCACGGCGCCCGAGCCCGACCGCGCGGCGGUGGCCUGGGGCACGGGCCUGGGCGGGUCGGUGUCGCUGGAGUCGUCCUACCAGCAGAUGUUCACGGCCACGCCGCCGCGCGUGCAUCCGUACACCGUCGUGCGCGUGAUGGCCAAUUCCGCCGGCUCGCACCUGGCCAUGCGCCACCAGCUGCGCGCGGCGCAGUUCGCGGUGUCCAACGCCUGCGCGUCGUCGGCCCAGGCCAUCGGCGAGGCGCUGUGGCUGCUGCGCACCGGACGCGCGGACGUCGCCCUCGUCGGCGGCUCCGAGGCCGAUGCUCAACACCGGCAGCGCCUUGGGCUGGCACUGGCCGAACAGGUCAGCGACCCGCGGGCCCGCGACGCCUUCCUCGGCCAGGCCAGCCUCGUCACCGGCGGCACCGGCAAGACGGCCGGCGGCACCAGCGGCGCGCCGCCCGGGUCCAAAGGUCUGGCCGGUUCCAAGGGCUCGACCAGCUCGGCGGGCGGCACCACCAUCGGCGGGCCACUGAACGACGCCGUGCUGGAAAAGGCCGUGCCCUUGCUGGCUCAGCAUGUCGGGCCGAUCGCCAAGGUGCUCGUCAAGCGCGCCGCGGCCGGCAUCGACAGCCGGGCGGUGUUCUUCAACCGGCUGGCGGAGUCGGUCAACGACCCGGCGGCGCGGGAGAAGUUGCUGAAGGAACUGGGGCGCCUGCCCUGA